UUCACUACACGAGCCUUGGCAGCUCCCAGCUCUGCACAAUGCAAACGGGAUGCGUGCUCGCAGCCAGGGGAAAGCGGAGCCUGCAGGCAGCCUUAGCACUUGCCGCCUGUGCUUAGGCAGCAGGGGGACCGGAAGGGUAGGAGGAAGCUGGAGAGGGUUUCCUGAGAUGAGAGAUUACUUCCGUCCAUCCAUCCUGCCAGCAGCCCUCUCCUCGCUUUGCAGCUUGCUGGGGGUACUUGGACUCGGGGCAGUUGCAGCCACACUUGCUCCACUCAGGGGGCUGUUCUUCUGGCGCGCCACAAACCAGCCCCAGAAGCCUUUUGGCCUUCGGAAUUUCUGAGCUCUCUACAUCUCCAUCCCCACAGCCAUGGUGGCCAAACAGCGGAUUCGGAUGGCUAACGAAAAGCACAGCAAAAACAUCACACAGAGAGGGAACGUAGCCAAAACCCUGAGGCCCCAAGAGGAGAAAUAUCCUGUAGGACCCUGGCUACUGGCACUGUUUGUUUUUGUUGUCUGUGGAUCAGCUAUCUUUCAGAUCAUUCAGAGUAUAAGAAUGGGCAUGUGAGGAGCUGCAUAAAUUUGACAUUGCCUUUAUCAUCCAACAUGGUAGACCAGAUACAACUUUAGCCUGACAUGAAUGCGAAGAGCUCUUAUUUGAGAGUAUCUGUGUGUUUCCUCUUGAAUGGAGCAGGUCAAAUUUCCUUUUGACCUGUCAUAUUGGUGGCGUACGUGUUUUAACUGCCACAGGAGAUGAGGACAUUUUGCUUUUCUAUUGACUUAAUGAGUUAACCACAUUGGUUAGCUGUCCCAGUGCUGUUCAGUUGAUUUAUUUUUUUCUUUUACCUAAUGUAUUUAUAUGUGAUCAUGUGAGUGCUUGUUGAUCUAUUCUGUACUUUGUGUGUAUAUAUUAUAAUUGUUUUAUGCUGGAAAUUUGUUUUUAUUACAAAUAAAUAUUCAU